AGGACUUCUUUAAGACUGAAGGCAGCGAGUUCUCUUGGCAGUCCCGUCUCCGAAUUAAGCUUUCCUUUGGAUCCUGCGCUCAUGCCUACCACCACCUCCUCCCAAAGCCCAAGGGGCGGCGCCUUCUUCAGCCUAUGGUGCUACUCGGCCGAGCCCCGGGUGCGGCGAUCCCUGCCGAGCCAUGGGCAGCCUGCAGGCUGCGGGAGGAUCGACCGGGUGGCUACAUGGGUCGGGAACGGCGUCGCCGCCGCCUUCUUCGCAUCGUUGGAGCGCUGCUCCUGCAUCAACAUAACUACUGCUGACGAUGGCGAGGAGGCCAAGGAUGUACCCUUGAUGUUCGAUGAUGGGAAUUCGCGGCGCGAGGGCGGCGAGCUUGGAAGAGGCCAGAGGAGGGUGGCGAAGGAACAGAAGGGUGGUGGUGGUGGGUUUUCUAAUGACUUCAUGUAUGAUAAGUAGAAGCUUAGUUCAAAGGGAUGGCGCAUAUAUUACUGGUGUUUUAUGUUAUCUUCUGUUUAUUAAUUGUCUUUCCAUGGAUUUUGUGGAUGUUGUUUGUGUUUCCAUCAAUUAAUUUUCUUUUCAUGUGGGUGAACAGAUGGACCGAGAGAGAAGUUAGAUUUGCCA